CCUUAGACACCGUGGCACUAAGUUUUCGUCCAUGCUUUCAUGGCCCCGUCGACAGGGCGGCUGAGGUUCAUAUGGGUUGGUUUGCGCCGAGAAUCACCAGUGAAUCCAAGCUUCAACGCAGGUUUACCGGCCGCCAGCCAUGUUCGGGAGUUCUACAACAAUGAAGAGAUCAAGUCCACCCACAUGGACCGAUGGUCCGCCCACACGUUGCUUGUACUGGGAUAGGUCCGGUUCCCAACUUUUCAACGUCAGUCGCGACCCCAACCUUUCUCUCUUCACCAUCCGCCUUCGCGAUCCAGCCGUAUCCACGAUGCAGGCUCCGGCAAUCAGCACUGAGCGGCUGCUCUACGUGCUCCUGGUCACUCUUGUGGCUGUAGGUGUUGCUCGUAGGACAUGGAACCUACGAGGCCGACGUGCUUUCGCCAGAUCCCGUGGAUGUCUCCCGCCACGAAGCCGAGCCCCCGUCAAGGACCCCAUCUUUGGCUUUGACUUCAUCUACGACGCAAUCUUCAACAAGGCGGGCGACAGGUAUCUGGAGAGCACACUCAAGUCCUUUCGGGAGCUCGGCACGACGUACACAAUGAGCCGGUGGGCUAUGAGCGUCUUCUACACCUGCGACAGCCUUAACAUGAAGCAAAUCUUGGCCGGCUCGUUCGAGGACUUUGGCCUCCCGCACACGCGAGUCACAGCACUGAGCUCCUUUGUUGGUGACGGAAUCUUCACGCUGGACAAUGAGCCAUGGUACCAUGCCAGGAUGUCGUUGAAGCCGAUGGUGGCGAGGUCGGACAAGGAGACCAUACGCGGAAUCCUCGAGGGCAACUUCCAGUCCGUGCUUCGGCUCCUGCCUGACGACGGCGCGUCUGUCAACCUCCAGGACAUCUUCUUCCGCCUCGUCAUGGACUUUGCCACCGAAUACCUCACAGGAAACUCUGCGCACAUGCUUGACAACGAGGACACACAAGGCGCCAGAGCGCAGCAAUUUGUUUCCGACUACAUGACAUGCUCCACCGAGGUCAUCACCUGCCUUGGUCUAGGCCCUCUGCAGCACUUGAGGUUCAACAGCGAUGCAAAGAGGGCCAAAAAUGCAGUCUUCAGCUUCCUCGAUGCCUUCAUAGACGACUCGCUGCGCAAGCGCGCCAUCAAAGGGGCCAGCGUCCGCGAUGACUUCUUGACCCAGCUCACGGCGUUGACGACGGACCGCAUGGUCCUCAGGAACCAGCUUCUGCAUAUCUUGAUCGCCACACGAGACACCGUGGCAAGCACUUUGAGCAAUCUGUUCUUCGUUCUCGCGAGGAACCCGCAGGUCUACGACAAGCUCCGAGCAAACGUGUUGGCCGUCGCUGGUACCGAGGCUCCUACCACGGACCAGCUGAAGCAGAUGAAGUUUGCGCGUUGGUGCGUCAACGAGUCGCUGCGACUGCAUCCCGUCAUCCCAAUCGGCGGCCGACAGGCGAGGAGGGACACUGUUCUCCCCCGCGGCGGCGGAGCGGACGGACAGGCCCCCCUCCUGGUCCCAGAAGGCACGAUCGUCAUGUCCAACGUGUACGCCAUGCACCGCGACGAGCAAGUCUUUGGUGCCAACGUGGAGGCCUUCAAUCCCGAAAGAUGGGACAAUCUUCAUCCCGGAUGGGGAUACCUCCCCUUCAGUGGAGGACCCAGGAUCUGCAUGGGACAGCACAUUGCACUGACUGUGGUGCAAUAUAUCUUGGUCAGGAUGGCGCAGACGGUCUCGUCAAUUGACGGCCUUGGAGAGAAGGAUUGGGUGGAGCAGUAUGCGUUGGCGACGACAUGUCGAGGAGGCGUUCAUGUAAGCCUGCACAAGGCGUAGAUGGUGAGCGCAGACUGGCAAUCGAGGGGUGAACAGAACAGAGUGUACUUAUUCAGGC